UUGGCUGAUACAAAGAUGCGCUCACCUCUGAUUGGUCUAAAGUUUGUGUGGAGGCGCAGCAGCAGCGUCAGUGUGAUAAAUGAGGAGCCUCGGAGCGCAGCGCCGUCAAACCCACUUCUGAAGACCUCACCUGUCGGUCCGGACCAUCAGAGCUGUAGAACCGGAGCCAUGCUCGCUGCCUGUCUGGAGUUCCUGGGCCUGGCGCUGUGCGUCACCGGCUCCCUGCUGGUGAUGGUGGCCUGCGGGAUGCCCAUGUGGAAGGUGACCGCCUUCAUCGACACCAACAUCGUGGUGGCUCAGACCAUCUGGGACGGUCUGUGGAUGUCCUGCGUGGUGCAGAGCACCGGCCAGAUGCAGUGCAAAGUGCACGACUCGGUUCUGGCCCUCACUCAGGACCUGCAGACGGCCCGAGCCCUCACGGUCAUCUCCGCCGUGCUGGGCGUCGUGGCGCUGACGGUGACGGUGGCCGGCGCGCAGUGCACCAACUGCAUCAAGGACGAGACGGUGAAGGCGCGGGUGGUGCACGCCGGAGGGGUCAUCUACAUCAUCAGCGGGCUCUUCGUGCUGGUGCCUCUCUGCUGGAUGGCAAACAACAUCAUCGUGGACUUCCACAACCCGCAGAUUCCUUCAUCCAAGAAGAGGGAGAUCGGAGCCUCCAUCUACAUCGGCUGGGCGGCCACCGCGCUGCUGCUGCUGGGCGGGACGCUGCUGUGCUGCUCCUUCUCCCAGGGGGUCCGAGGGUCCUACCCCAUCAAAUACGUCCCCACCAAGACGAUCACAGCCAACGGGGACUUUGACAAGAAGAACUAUGUAUAAUAUGGAGGUCCAGUUUGUUCCGGGGACGUUAGUUUGGGGACAGAUAUGAAUCUCCACUGGACGCUAUGCCGAGUGGAGCUGUGAGGUGGAGCUCAGAUGACAUGAAACUGUCUGUGGAUGCAACUGUCAAAUAUGUGCUUCUCAACUGAAAGUAUGUUCAUAUUUGUCAGGCAGCAGCAGUUUAUUUAUGCUCCUAACCGGCUUUUACGCAUCACAGGGGCCACUUCCACUGUCAAAAAACUUUAAAAAACAUUUUUAACUGCAUUUUUAAAAAACAAUGUCAUUUUAAAAAUUUUCCAUGUAACAGCUGUCCACACCAAAAAUCUGUAUUUUUACAAAAAGAAUUUUUUUGUUUUACAAAAGGUGACUGAAAAAUAAAUUUACUGUAUUUAAAGCAGCUAUAAAUAUCCUUAUUUUCUAAAUAUUUGAUAUUUUUCUUUUGUUACAAUUUUUGAAUGUUACAGUAUGUCAUCGCAUAUUUUUCUGCCAGAUUUUCUAAUUUUUUUUAAACAGGAUUUUUUUGUUGUUGAAUCAAAACAGUGUAGAAAUUGGACAGAAGCUGUGGUUUGUUGCCAGCAGGGUUUUCUCAGGAGGUUGCACUGGGGUUGUUGUGCAGGUUGAGGCUCUGAGAGCUGCGGAGCUUCUUUGUAAAUAGUUUUUUCCUCUCUGUCUCCCAGCGGACUCAUUGUGAAGCUCGUUUGAUUGUUUCCCACAGUGAAACGUGCAGCAGGCAGUGAAGCCUUUUCACACCGAUGUGCACUCAUGUUGUGAUCAAAGAAGGGAAUUUGCAUUUGAAUACAUGUACAGUGUUUUGUACUUUCUGUCAUGUUUUUCUACUCUUUUAAUACUUUUUCUAAUAAACAGUUGAACUGUC